AUGGCAUCAGGACGUGCUAAUUUCACGACGGAAUUCUUACUUCAGGAGCUCCUAGCGGCUCUCGGUGCACCUCUUGUUCCUUCUAAUACGUAUAAUCUACAUGCUGAUAGUUUCUCGGAGAGUUUAAGUGAAGAAACCGAGUCUCAAAGUGCUCUGGAAGCUACAAAAAGAGGGAACAAGUCGCGUGUCAUGUUGGUACGACGUACAAAUAGCUCACAACAGACGGUAACGCUCGUUGACCGCAAGUUUGAAGUGGAAUCGUUUAUACCGAACAACGUGAUUGUGGGAUUGCAGAAAGAACGGCGCUUUUACACGCUCGGGAGGCUACGGGGUAGUGUCGUGAGGGUGACCAAGUACCAUUUUGCUACGUUGACGCGUUGUUUGGCGACUUGCAAAGGGAAUAAAGAGACAUCAGUGUCUGUUCCUAAUGUGAAUAAGAACGAGGCUCGAGUUUAUCUAUGGGUGGAUGCUCUGGCGAUCGUAGAAGACAAUGAUCUGGCGAUCAAGGCGCUGCCAUCGGUAUACACACAUCCAUUGGUGGUCGAACGAUUGCAGAUGCUGAGUGAUGCAGAGCUGGAGAAACAGUUGAUGAUUAAUCAAGGGCUGUUACCUCUUGAGGUUGGCAGGUUUGAUGAUGACCGGCCGUUGUUGGACGAAGACUGUGUGAUACCGAAGGAGCAGGAGCAGGAACUGGAAGAGAAAGAUGAGUGGGGGUUACCUACGCCUAUUGAAAGACAAAUGACGGACUCGGAGCUGAUUGAAGAGAAUGGAUCGGUGCCAAUGCCGGAAUCUCAAGCGAUGCGUGAUUCUACAUCACCGGAUAAGUUUCUGUCAACGCAGGAGUCAAUGAUUUUGUCGGGGAAUUUGUCUACGAUGUCGACAACUCUGUCGGCAAAUUUGUCGUCAACUUUGAGUGAAGAGAUGAGUGUGACGCCUUCGCUUGGUAACCAAGGGUACUUGUUUCAGCAAGAGAACAUUCGAGAGACAUUUGUGAUCGGCAGUGACUCGGAAAGUAGCGAUACAGACCAUGAACAUAUUAGUGCUCAAAAAGCAAAAAAGUCGGUACCUAGUGCGCUGAGUUCUCACAAACAAGUGGAUUCCAGCAGGACGCAUUCACCAGCCCACUCCAGUGUAGCACCGGCGAUUCUAAAGACGACGCAAAGCUCAUGGGCAACUGUCGACCUUACUGACGAUUCGCCUGAAAAGGCACCAAUGGCAAUACCUGCCUCUAAGAAACAUGCAAUCGACGACCAGGAAGCUAAGACUGAAGAUGCCGAUUUACAAAACGAAGCAGAUGGAAAUACCGUACCGCCGUCGUCAGCAUACACGCCACCAAGGACUCAUUCCCCAACCGAGAAGCAAAAUUCAUCAACGGGCUGGGCCACGAGCUUCCUUCGUUUGGUCGGCAUAGGCACUUCCGCAGCCAAAGCAUCACUCCCACACACUCAGUCUUCCGACGAAGAGGCAGGUGACUUGGCUGAAAAUGAAAAGAAUGCUACUCAGAUUCUGGAUCGAACGGAGGAAGAGAAAAAGGCCGAGCCCGCUAAACCCGAGGAUCUCAUUUUGUCUCAGGCAACUGUAGUCCUGCAGUAUGAUGCUGAUAAUGACGAUGACGAUCAUGCUUUUGAGUACGAAGGCAUGAUGUCGGACGAUAUAGUGUCUCCUAGAUCAGCAGAGCAUGGUGGAGUCCCAACUCAGGAAGCAGACUCGACGGGUGAUCUUGUUUUAGCUAAGGAGGGGGCUGAAGUCGUGCCUACUCCGAAGAAAAGGCCGGUGUCAAAGAAAGAGACAACUUCGACAGGCUUCAGAACACCCUCUCCUUUUGCACAAACAGCGACACCAAGGACGGAGAAACGAACUGAGCCAGCUGAUCGCCAAAGUGCGGCAUCGAUGAGUAAUUUGAAGGAAGAUCUGGAAGUGGUAGCGCCUGAUAGCAGCCAACCUGCUUUGCCUCUCAGCCCCAUUAGCUCGAGUCGUACCGGGUUCUCAGCUGCCGAAUUUCAAGGUGUGAAGCGGCGUCGUCAACAAAUUAAUGCCGAGUCCCACUCGCCUUCAAUCAUUGCUCAAGCAGAGCUUGCUGUGUCACAGCCGCGAGUGCAAAUGAAUGGCAAAAGAUCACGCUCUGAAACGCAGAAACAUCGACGAGAGAUUCUUUCGACGCAAGCACAUCGUACGGCUGGAUCUCUGUCUCCUCAGUUCGAGCAACCAGUUUUUAUUCCUCGACGACCACUUCAACCUGUUUAUGGAAAUGGAGGCACCGACAGCUAUUCACUCAAUGCAUUGAGCAGGUCACUUGGUUCGCGUAUACAUGAUCUGGCCAGUGAAGAAAACCAGACACGUACAUCACGACAACCUCGUCGCGCUUGGAAGCGGUACGAAAAACUUUUUCCGCCGCUGAAUAUGACACAUUUGAAGCAAAGGAUGGCAGAGAACAAGGCCAAAGGCCAAUAA